AUGGCAGUUGGUGGCGAAAACAUGGGUAAUGUUAAAAGGCAGUUGGUACAACUGUUUGAGUUAUCUCUGCGAGCAACCGUACCUAGUGAAACAGAUGUAGCACCAUUAGUUGAUGCUUGCUUUACAAAAUCUGGUGCCAUAAUGAAGAAUCUUUCCCCUUCUGAUAUGGCAGAAUCAUGCUCUGUAGCUGGCCCUGGAUUUGUGAAUGUUGUCUUAUCAAAGAAUCGGAUAGCACAGAUGACUGCAUUUUCGACCUUCUAG